GCAAGAGCACUGAAGCUUGCUGCCACUUCUUCCACAUUCGGCAUCUUUCUAUUUGUAUCCUUUGCAACCUCCUUUAUAAACCAACAUAGUAGAGUCACAAAGUCACCACGCCAGCUCCUCAGUCUGCUCUGCUUUUUGCUUUGGCAAUGGCUGGGUGGAGCUGCCUGGUGACAGGAGCAGGAGGCUUCCUUGGCCAGAGGAUCAUCCACUUGUUGGUGCAGGAGAAGGAGCUGCAUGAGGUCAGGGCCCUGGACAAGGCCUUCAGACCCGAAACCAGGGAGGAAUUCUCUAAGCUGCAGACAAAGACCAAGGUGACACUGCUUGAAGGAGACAUUCGGGAUGCUCAGUGCCUGAGGACAGCCUGCCAGGGCAUCUCAGUUGUCAUCCAUGCCGCUUCUGUGAUCGAUGUAUCCGGUGCGGUCCCUAGAGAGACUAUGGUAGACAUCAACCUGAGAGGUACCCAGCUCCUGUUGGAGGCCUGUGUGCAAGCCAGCGUGCCAUUCUUCAUCUACACCAGCUCAAUUGAGGUAGCUGGGCCCAACUCCUACAAGGAGAUCGUCCAGAAUGCCCAUGAGGAUGAGCAACAUGAAAGCACAUGGUCUGCGCCAUACCCAAGCAGCAAAAAGCUGGCCGAGAAGGCUGUGCUGAAAGCUAAUGGGUGCACGCUGAGAAACGGUGGCACCUUGUACACGUGUGCCUUGAGGCCCUCCUACAUCUACGGGGAAGGAAGCCCCUUCUUAUCUUCUGUGAUGGGAAGGGCCCUCAAAAACGAUGGGAUCCUGAAGAGUACAGGCAAAUUCUCUAUAGCCAGCCAGGUCUAUGUUAGGAAUGUGGCCUGGGCCCACAUUUUGGCCUCCAGAGCCCUGAGGGAUCCCAACAAGGCCCCAAACAUCCAAGGACAGUUCUAUUAUGUCUCAGAUGACACACCUCACCAAAGUUAUGGUAACCUUCAUUACAACCUGAGCAAAGAAUAUGGCCUUCGCCUUGAUUCUAGCCCAGGCAUCCCUUUGUCUGUAAUGUACUGGCUUGCUUUCCUGCUGGAAAUGGUGAGCUUACUGCUGAGUCCAAUUUACAGUUACCAUCCCCCCUUUAACCGCCACUUAGUGACACUGUCAAAUAGUGUGUUCACUGUCACCUAUGAGAAAGCUCUACGAGAUCUGGAGUAUGAGCCCCUGUUCAGCUGGGAGGAAGCCAAGCGGAAGACUGGGGAGUGGAUAGGUUCCCUAGUGCAGCAGCACAAGGGGGCUCUCAAGACAAAGACUCAGUGAUGUGACCAUAGCAGGGACAUGGUCCAGGCUGAUGUCUGGAGCUAUUUAUCCACUUCCUCCAUCUGGCUUCCUCCUGAGAGGGACAGAGUCACAAGCCCAGGUUCCAAUAGCCUCCCUCUCACACAAUGGAAACCUACUAUCUUUCUUAGGCCACCAGGUGCUUGUGGUUCAAUCUGCCAUUGUCAGUGCUAAAAUUAUUCUUUUCUUUGGAAAUCUUACACUGCUUCACAAAGCACAAUGAAAGAGGCAAUACAGGAAAUAAAGCUUUGAAU